AUGUCGCUCCAAGUCAUCUACAUCACCCGUCAUGGAUUCCGGUCCGGCUGGAGUGUUGACCCUUUGACUGGUGUCUAUACCGCUGCCAUACGGUCACCAACAGGAAUUCCCGCAGACCCUGCUCUGACGUCUCAUGGAGUCUCACAAGCAAAAGAGAUGGGCAAACAUCUGAUGACUUUGGAUCCUCCCAUCGAUGCCGUAUACUCCAGUCCAUACUACCGCUGCCUACAGACAAUAACGCCCUUUGUUGAGCUCAAGCAGCAACAACUGAAAGAUGAACCAAGAAUACAACAUGGCUCUGCGACCGCCACAAUCUGUCCAGAACACGGGUUAGGUGAGUUCUUUGGAGCAGCGCCUUUCGACCAUCCAAUCCCAGCGUCGCAUAAGCGACUCAAGGAGCUAUUUCCAGCCUACAAUGACAGCUACGUAUCUGCCAUCAAGCCUUCCAGAAAAGGCGAAACGAUCGAGGACCUUUAUGGGCGUGUUGCAGCGGCCGUGCAAGCCAUCAUCGAACGCUGUGAUGCCGAGGGGAAACGUGCGGUGGUGCUUUGUACCCAUGCAGCCGUUGUCAUAGCCUUGGGCCGUGUUCUCACGGGGCGUAUCCCCGAAGCCGUCGAAGAAGAAGAUUUCCAUGCUUUUACAUGUGGUCUAAGCACGUACCGCCGCCAUCAACGAGGCACAGGCACAGACACAGGUACGGGCACGGGCACGGGCACGCAAAUGCCAAGCUUUGGUAAGUUUGUUCUGUAG